AUGGCGUUCAUGGUGAAGACCAUGGUGGGCGGCCAGCUGAAGAACCUCACCGGGAGCCUGGGGGGCGGCGAGGACAAGGGGGACGGGGACAAGUCGGCGGCUGAAGCGCAGGGCAUGAGCCGAGAGGAGUACGAGGAGUAUCAGAAGCAACUGGUGGAAGAGAAGAUGGAGCGGGACGCGCAGUUCACGCAGAGGAAGGCAGAGCGGGCCACGCUGCGGAGCCACUUCCGAGACAAAUACCGGCUGCCCAAGAACGAGACAGAUGAGAGCCAGAUCCAGAUGGCAGGUGGCGACGUGGAGCUGCCCCGGGAGCUGGCCAAGAUGAUUGAGGAGGACACAGAAGAGGAGGAGGAGAGGGCCUCGGUCCUUGGGCAACUGGCCAGCCUCCCUGGCUUGGACCUUGGCUCACUCAAGGACAAGGCCCAGGCCACACUGGGGGACCUCAAGCAAUCCGCUGAGAAGUGCCACAUCAUGUGA